GGGGAAUGGUCGUUGGACAGCGACAGCCAGCCAAAAGACAGCGAUAACCCAUCCAUCGACGUUCAGAUACUUUUUGCUCGACCUCUCACCUCUUGUCACCAUAGCUCUCCGUAAUCUUCCUCGUUCACACCCGCCACCAUGUCCUCCGCCGCCAUCUCCUCGAAACCCAAGCCCAAGCCCCUGCCCUUCGUCUACACCUUCAGUUUCGGAGCUUUCGCAGGAUGUACCGAGCUCAUGUUGCUCUUCCCUCUCGACACGGUCAAGACCCGGAUGCAACUCAACACGGGUAAAUCCCAGUUCGGGAUGAUUGGCAUGCUCAAGGAUAUCGUCGCCAAAGAGGGUGUCGGGAGGUUGUACAGGGGUAUCUUGGCACCGUUCGCCAUGGAGGCGCCGAAGAGGGCUACCAAGUUCGCCGCCAACGCCUUUUGGGGAGACGUCUUCACCAAGAAAUCUACCAUCCCCAUGACCCAGUCCAUCUCCAUCCUCACGGGUUGUGCGGCCGGAGCGACCGAAUCCUUCCUCGUCACCCCGUUCGAGCUCGUCAAGAUCCGAUUACAAGACAAGGCUUCCACGUUCACCGGACCCCUGGAUGUGAUCAAGAAGACGUUGGCUAGGUCGGGACCGUUGGGUCUGUAUGUCGGGAUGGAGGCCACCUUUUGGAGGCACGUCAGCUGGAACGGAGGGUAUUUCGGGAGCAUCUUCCAGAUCAGGUCGUUGUUGCCCAAAGCCGAGUCCAAGUCGGGCGAGCUCUUCAACAACUUCCUCUCAGGUUCAGUGGGAGGAGCUAUCGGAACCGUACUGAACACGCCUUUCGACGUGGUCAAAUCGCGUAUCCAGCUGCACGGGACUGGAGAGUGGGCUUUCCCCGCCCUUGUUCGAGUAGUAAAGGAAGAAGGCGUCGGCGCGCUAUACAAGGGUUUCACCCCGAAAGUACUCAGGUUGGCACCCGGUGGUGGAGUCUUGCUUUUGGUCGUCGAGGCUUUGACGACGAUCACGAGGAACCACCUUGGUCCUCCCUACGUCUAGGUCUAGCACUACCUAUCGACAAAAUUGGAGGUUUAGUAUAACAAGAACCAACACCUAGCAAAAAAGACGAAUUACCACUUGAACGCAUGUAGCGAAGAAGAACAAUUGAAAAAAGGGGCGGAUCAGGGAUUUGCGCCCGUGUGAUGGAGAGAAAGCAGCGAAGUCUGUGCUGUGCAUAUGCAGUCGAGUCGAGUCUACACUAUACUACUUUUCGGUUUGCAGAAGUGUCAUUAUCUUUGUCUUUGUCAUCCCUAGAUGUAGAUGGACGUGUAUCUCAUUGUUUAUGUUUUUUCCGAAAUCGCGACCGGUCCCGCUAGCUAUCCACCUCUAUCCACCUCUCAAUCUACUCGUUUAUUAAAGUAUCAU